CAUUAUGCUAAAACAGAGUCGACACGAAUUGGGUCAGUCGAGUGAGUAUCCAGUUCGUACAGGUGCAGGCGAUUGUCAGUAUUACCUAAAUGGUGGUUGUUUCUUUGGACGAAGUUGCAGAUACAAUCAUCCACCGAGAAAUCAGAUGGGAGAUGAUACGGUGCAACCGAGUGCGUAUAGGUGCAACAAAUUGUGAACAGUAUCUACACACUGGGCAGUGUAGCUAUGGAAGUAGAUGCUGGUUCAAUCAUCCACCGCUUCCAGGUGCAAGAGAUUGUGAACAAUAUCUACAGACAGGACAGUGUAGCUAUGGACGUAGGUGUCGAUUCAAUCAUUCUCCUACUCAUCUUGCACCGGUGCUUCCACAGAGGGUUAGCCGGCAGAUUUGUAAGUACUUUCAGAAAGGAGGUUGUAAGCCCGGCUCAAGUAUUCAAUAUACUAAUUCAAUGAGAGGGGAUGGUAUAGAGCCUAUGCGUCAGGCUACAACUUGGGGUAGGAGAUCUGAUGAGAGGAGACACGAAACAGAGUCAACCUCUAGGGCAGAGAAGAGGGCGAGAACUAUUCCGGAUUAUCCAAGCGUGAUCCAAGAUGUAAGUGAUGAAGUAGGGGCGGGACAAAACAGUUGGUUGCAGAGGAGACGAGCUCAAGAGAAUGUUCAGAGUGGGAAAAUUGACUGCGGGCAAAGGAGAGUGAGUGAGGAGGAACGAACACUGAGAGAGACAGUACCUUGCUCUGUUCUUGUACUCUAUUCACAGGAGAGGCAAGCUUAUGAUCUGGAGGAACAGAAACAGAGGGAAAGGGUGGAUGAAAAUUUGAGAAUUGAUCAGAUCAAAGCCACGGUUCAAUCAGAUGGAGGGAUUCAAACGGAACAGAGAUUGGAGAUACCAGAGAAUCUUCAAGAACAGGCAGAGAUGGAGAGGGAGAAGAGAGAGGCUCAAAAGAAAGAACGUAGUAGAUCAUUAACAGAUAACGUGGAUCAGCUCAUACAGUCACUACAAGAUAAUAUUGGGAUUAGGAGGAAAAAGGGCGAUGGGGCUUAAGAGGAAACAGAGUUAAGAGACAUACCAAAGAGGACUAAUCAGAUUGUUUGGGACGCAAGAAAACGUUAUGUGCUGGGAUGAUUUAGGUCAAGCUUUUCGUAGCUUCAAUCUUGUAACUUUUUUGUGUUAGUU